UGUUUACGUGCUGGAAAGUAUUGCGGUUCUUAGCUCAGUGAUCGGCUAGUUAAGUGUGUAAAUGAAUUUGCAUAGAGAAAUAUUAGCCAAGUUGUUAAAUGGCUAACCAACUUUCAGGUAAAUUAAUUCUCGUAACCGGUGCCGGUUCUGGCAUUGGUCGUAGUACGAGUGGUUUGCUCAAAGAUUACGGGGCAAAAGUUAUUGCUGCUGAUUGUAAUCUCAACGCCGCUGAACAAACAGCAAAAGAUUUGGGUGGUGAGACUAUUGCCUUGGAAAUUAAUGUGACUUCUUUGGAAAGUGUACGUAAAGCCGUUGAAAGCAUAUACCAACAAUUUAAAACUACACCAUCGGUAGUAGUAAAUUCGGCCGGUAUAACGCGUGAUGGCUAUUUAUUAAAAAUGACAGAAGACGAUUAUGACGAUGUUUACAAAGUCAAUUUAAAGGGUACUUUCCUAGUUACACAACAGUUCGCUAAAGCGAUGAUUAACAAUGGAAUAACAGGCGGAAGUAUAAUAAAUAUUUCGUCAAUUGUGGCGAAAUUGAAUAAUAUCGGGCAAUCGAAUUAUGCAGCCAGCAAGGCGGGGGUCAUUUCGUUAACUGAAGUGGCCAGCAAAGAAUUUGGUAAAUUUGGUAUACGUGUGAAUUCUAUAUUGCCGGGCUAUAUAAACACACCGAUGGUGGCGGUGGUGCCGCAGCAUAUUAAAGAUGAGGUUGCAAAAAGAUGUCCUUUAGGUCGCAUGGGUGAACCGAGAGAAGUUGCUGAAGUUAUAGCAUUCUUGGCCUCAGAUCGUUCAUCGUACGUUAAUGGUGCGGCAAUAGAAAUUACCGGGGGCCUGAAGUAACAUUUUUGCAAUUUAAUUACAUUUAAUAAAAAAAAAAAAAA